AAUCAUCUAACCGCGUGUUCUUUCCAAUUUCUCUUUCCAGGACCCAACGGUUGUCCGAGGCGUCGUGGCCGCCAGACGUAUACGCGCUUCCAGACGCUGGAACUGGAGAAGGAGUUCCAUUUCAAUCAUUACCUGACGCGGCGACGGCGCAUCGAGAUCGCACACGCGCUGUGUCUGACCGAGCGCCAGAUCAAGAUCUGGUUCCAGAACCGCAGGAUGAAGCUGAAGAAAGAGCUACGUGCGGUCAAGGAGAUCAACGAGCAGGCGCGGCGCGAACGCGAGGAACAAGAUCGCAUGAAGCAGCAACAGCAGCAGCAGCAGCAGGACGGCAAAUCAAACAAAAUGGACCAUCAUGCGCCGCUCCAUCACCACCACGACUCGCUCAAACUGUCGUCGGGCACAACGGGUCUCGGUCUGGCCGUCGAUAAAUCUCAAGCGGAUCUAUUGAAGGCGGUCUCCAAAGUCCCGACAUAA